GUGGGUUAUUCGUCUUUUAAAUGAAGCGAACUUGAAAAAUACAGUAAUCGUCCUUAAAUUUGCUAUUGCAAGAGUUGUGCUCGUGUGAGCCACGUUGCUUUGUGGAGUCUAGAUACGCUUUUUCAGCUGGUUAAAAUGGCUGUUGUUACUAAGGGGCCCACACUGUAUGAUUUCUUGUUGGAAGCCGAACUUUCACACUAUUUCAACCCCUUGAAAAAUGAUCUUAAAGUAACUUCAGUGCACCAGCUGAAAUACGUUGAAGAUGAUGAUCUGUUGCAGCUAGGGAUGGCUAAGCCAGAAAUGAGAAGACUAAGAAAGUACUUUCAAAAGUAUUGCCCACAAACUUAUUUACGUAAAUUUAAAAAGAUGAUUUUGCCAAAAAAUAAGGAUGACCCAGACAGGAACUCCAUCUAUUUCAAUGACAGCACCUCCGACAAGAACAACAUAAAAGUUCCAAGCAAACACAUAAUACCUAUGGACAACAUUGUCAUCAAUAAAGAAUUGGGUGUGGGGGAGUUUGGUGUUGUGCAGCAAGGUGUUUGGACCAAUGAAGAUGGAGAAAGGAUUCAGGUUGCAAUAAAGUGCCUUAGUGAAGAACGUAUGCAAAAAAAUCACAUGGAGUUCUUGAAAGAGGCAGCGAUAAUGCAUACAAUUGACCAUGAAAAUAUUGUGCGCCUGUAUGGUGUUGUUCUUGAAACAAGUUCCCUGAUGCUGGUGACAGAACUUGCACCACUUAGAUCCCUUUUGGAGUGCCUCAAAGAGCCUGCUUUGAGACAAAGUUUUCCAGUUAUUUCACUUUGUGAAUUUGCUCUUCAGAUUUGUGAUGGAAUGCAGUAUUUGGAAAACAAAAAACUUAUUCACAGAGAUUUGGCUGCAAGAAAUAUUUUAGUUUUUGCAAAAAAUAAGGUAAAAAUUAGUGAUUUUGGACUGUCUAGAGCACUUGGUGUUGGAAAAGAUUACUAUCAAACAAAUUUUAAUGUCAAUUUGAAGUUGCCAAUUGCAUGGUGUGCGCCUGAGUGCAUAAACUAUUUAAGAUUCACAUCAGCUAGUGAUGUGUGGGCUUAUGGUGUAACUUUGUGGGAAAUGUUUAGUUAUGGAUUUCAACCUUGGCCUGCAUUAACUGGCCAGCAAAUUCUUGAAGCCAUUGAUGAACCAAACUUUCAACGCUUGGAACAACCUGAAUGCUGUCCGAAAGAAUACUAUGCGUUAAUGUUAAAAUGUUGGCAACAUGAUGCUAACAAGAGGCCAAAAUUUUCCGAAAUAUAUUUGAUUUUACCAGAGUGCAAACCAGAACAAGUUCAAGCAGUCCAAGAAUCAAUAGAGGUUGUAAAUGGCACAAAAUCCAAAAAAGAUUGGCUACAUUAUCAAACUGGAGAAGUAAUCACUGUUUUGGAUAAAAGGCCUUUACCAGAAAAUUCGAAUCUGUGGAAAGGUGUUCUUAAUAAUGGGAAAACUGGUUUGUUUAAUCCAGCUCAUACUGUUGCUUAUUUAGCUAAUUUUCCUACUAAUAGACCCAGUUUUUCACGUGCUGAUUCAAAAUCUGGAAUUUAUGCUAGUCGAAGGAGAUUAAGAACAGAUAUGAUAUCCAGGCCACAAGGUGACUUUAAGCAUACGGGACAUGUGGGUUUAGAUGGAGCAUUUUUUGGAGAUAUAUCAUUUUUAGGUGAAAAUUAUAGAGAAUUACCAAAGCAAAUAGUUACCCCUUAUAAACCUCAAGAUGACAAAGAAAAUGUUAGCCCAACACUUACAACAUUGUCAACCGAUUCGUCUGAUAAAAUUCCUCUAUUGAAAAAGUAUAGUGCUUCUGAUGGAAGAAGUGGUUCUUCAUUAGAUAAUUGGCCUGAAAUUGCACUGGAUCAAAAUGGAACUGAAACUUUAGGUCCUUGUACUCUUGAUGCACCUCCAAAAAAGACAAACAAAGAUGGUGAUAAAUUAAUCAAUAUUACAGAUCAUGAGUAUCAUGAAAUCAGUGAUGAAGAGGACUUUGGCUUGAUUGAAAAUUCAAGAUUUGAUUCCCUAGAUUUUGGCCCAUCUCUUAUGGACGAAGUUUUCAAAGCUUUAGGAUCAACCAAACCAGAACUGAAUUUUGAAGAAGCACCUUCCAAUGACAACAACUCUGUAAUGAGUGAAAUAAUAGAGAUAACAACAAAGGUUGGAAGGAAUGGAUCCAAAAAGAAGCAUGCUUUGGUGAAACCUAUUUCUUCAGCUGAUGAACAUACCAUUGAUUCUGCAAUAGCAUUGUCAAAAGAACUUGCUAGCAAGAGUUUUUUAGAUCUGGAGAGUAGAUCAGAUAAUGAUACUCCUUUAGAUAGCCCCAAAACUCCCACAUCGCCAUUUAAAAGAAAGUUUUCUUUUAAAUUUAAGACUAGUCCAAAAGCUGAUAGGCGAAACUUCUCGGAGGAAGCUGAAGCAAUUCCAGAUAUACAAGACAUCAUCACAGAUGAAGCUAAAGAAGCUUAUAAUUCACUUGUGCAAAAGGGUAGUGGACUUGAACGGAGUGUUUCAUUACCUCCUACUGUUGCUCCAAAACCAACUAUCGAGAGCAGUCUGUCACGUUCUAGGCAACCUUUACCUGCCUCUAACCAUGCAACGGAUUCUUCAGAUCCCGAGUCAGAAGCAGUUGAUAAUAAUCCUCUUAGAAUGCUUAGGAGUGGAGUUCCAGUGCGUCCUAAAGUGCGUGGUAACAAACAUGGAAUUCCUAACAGUGGAAGGGCUGCUACUCCUCAUACUGCAACAGUGGCACGGCUGGCUGCUAAUGCUGCUGCUAGCAAUGGUACUUCCUUAGUAAAUGGCACCAGAUCAACUCUUGGUUCACCACCCCCUCCUCCCCAAGCUCCUAAAACAUUUCCCAGGCCAAAUAUUGUGUCAAGGUAUGCCAAAGACCCCAGUGCUUCCAGCAAUUCUCCAAAAUCAGAUGACGGUUCAUCAGAUGUGAGAAAUGAAGACCAGAGUGACUCUUCAAGUACUAAUACAAAUGUCAGUUGUAGUGAAAGUUCAACUGAUGCUUUUCCUAAUCCACUGCCCUUACCACCUAGAGAUAGGACUAAGCCAUUACCUGUUUUGAAGCAUCAUCAACGAAAACAUCCUUUGGUUUUUCCCGGAGUAAUUAAUUCAACAUUGGACAGCUGUCGAAGCUUAGGAAAACAAAUUUCCUGCCCUGAUGUGCCAUCUCAAUCAUUUUCAUCGUCCUCUGAAAGCACUGAGCAUAGAUCUAGUGAUAUUACGCCACCACAAUCAGACUUAUCAUUGCUAGAUGCUGCAAAUUCAAAUCUUUCUAGUCUUAGCAGUACUGCUACAGUGUCUGUUACUAACAACACUGCAGUGCCUCCUCCUAAACCAGCAAGGACUUUUACUUUAGAUGAUUCCUUCGAAAAUGAAAUCCAAGCCGAGAUUGACAGUUUAGAUAAUAUUCCAGAGGAAGAAUCUCAGUUAAUGUAUAAGGGAGGCGACCACGUCAGUUGUGAAGAUCUUCUGGAAUUUGCCUUAGAUAUACCAAAUACACGAAGAACGCAAGGUCGUACUCGAGGAAUUGACUCUGAUGAAGUUAGAAUUAUGCAAAAAGUGUUGGCAAAAGAGAUUGUUACUCCGGAAGAAUGUCUCAUUGCUUUAAAUGAAACAGACUGGAACAUGCAUAAUGCAAUCAAGUACAUGCGUUUACAGUGUAUUUUGAAUUCACAUCUAAUUCCUGUUAAAAACCUCAAACAGACACUAGUGAAAUGCAGCUGGGAUGUGCGGCAAGCUGCUAACUACCUCCUCGCAACUCACAAUGUUAAUGAAGACACAACAGAAGUAUGACAAGUUAAAAGUUCUCAAUUUGAAACAAUUUUCUGCUUGAAAAAUGUUAUGAGCAUUGUUAAAAUUCCAUAGUUAUUAAUUAAUUCGUUCAAAGCUAAAGUGGAUCAAAUCGUUCAUGCACUUGAUCGGCUUCAGCAGUGAACGCCUCACAUAUUGAUUGGCAUGCUCCUCUGAAAUAUGGUGCAUGUCUUGUUUAAUCUAACUAUACAUUUUGUUGAAGCAAUUGUUAAGAUCAUGAUAAUGAUUGUUACUAUCAAUUUCGCCUGUGUGGAAUUUUGAACUAACAUUUACUGGUUACAUUUAGUUAUACAAUAAAAACAAUACAAGAAAAAUUAUUCAAAUCUGAUUUUCCUAUACUUUUAAUGUGACUUGUGAAAUUGAAUGUAAUAGUUUAAUUUUCACAUCACACCUAUGCAUAGUUUUCAUGACUGUGUUUUGUAUCAUGUAAGUGCAUUAUUAUCUGUCUUAAAUCAGUUUGGGCUUUUAAAAAAAAACUUGAAAAAUGCACCUGAACUUCUAAACGGCUUAGCAGUCUGACCCAGAAAACCUUGCUCAGAAGUGUAAUAUAUCAGAAGAAAGUGCUUUCAUAUAUUCAUGUGUUCAGUUGGUGCAUGUUUUUGCAUUUAUUUAUUUGUAGGCUUAAGAAAGUCAUGCCUUGUUCUCCUGUACAGUUAAAAUUGUGUAUGCAGUAAAUGUUAAAUUUGAGUUUCUUGUACAUCUGAAACCUUUGCUCAAAACCAAAGGUUAAGCAUUAUGUUCAGUGGGAAAUACCUGUGGAAAGUAAGGAUUGAACAAAUCUUCUACAAAUUAUUUGCAACAUUAUAGGCAUAUUACUGUAAAUAUAUUGUUUUGCAAUGGUAUUAACAGCAUAGUUGAAACGUAAAAUAGAUUAACUCAAUUUGUAAAAUAAAUUGUGGUCAAACCAUCAAGAUAAAGAUUUAAAAGCAAACAGCAAACGAUUAAAGUAUUAAAAUUAAGUUGAUCCCACAAGACUUUGUAGAACACUAACAGUUAGGGCAAACCUAACCUGGCAGUGUAGUAAUGCUGCAAUUUGGAUCUGUGUAGUUAAGCACAAUGCUGCUAAGUUAGACUUGCCCACAAGUACAGUUAAAAACAUUUCGGCGGUUUAAAUUGUUUUAAAUGUCAAGUUACCUGAACUGCAGCAACUUACUUAUUAAAGCAUAGUUAGGGUGGAAAUAAUAGUAAUCAACAUUAAUUUAUACUCAUUUUAGUGCGUUAACAAAUUAGCUUUGUACAUGAAGUAUAUUAUUUUUAUGUUUUCAUAACAUAUGUCAUAAAAUCACAUGAAAGGUUUUGUUCUUUUCUUGCACUCUUGGUCAACGUGUGGAGAAAUAGUUGUUUUAGACCCGGCUAUUUAAAAGCUGCUUUCAAUCGUUAUCUGCUUAACCAUGUGUUGGGGAAAAGGUACUAACAAGGUCUAGUGACCUUGGACUAAAAAAAAUUCUUAACACUAACCAAAUUGGUGUUAUACCAUUAAAAAUUAAAAUUACGUUAAUAGUGUUAGAGAUUUGCUGCUCUACUUUACUCUGCAGAUUCUUUUAUUUAAGAUUUGAAAUUUCCCACAAUUAGAUACCUUAUUUUACAAUGGAUCUAGAAAAAAGAAUUUGUUCACUAUGAUUUUAGACAGUUAUGCUUUUAAUUUUAUGCUUAUAUGUUUAAUGAAUGAAAUGAUUGCAGUCAAAUGAAAUGUAUUCUGAUUUUUAAAUAUUUCCAAGCAGUUAUUCAAAGAUAUUCAAGAAUGUAACCUUGUGAAAAUAUUGCAUUUAGCAUUUUACUUUAUCAUGAAACUUUCGAGCUAUUCAUUAUCAUGUUUGAAGAUGUAACUCUUUACUUUUAUUGUUUUGAAAUGUUGAAUAUCAUCUCAUAUGGGGAAAAAACUAUGAAUUGUUUUUGUUUUUUUUUUAGAAAUCCCAAAUUGGGAACCUAUUUGUAAUUUCUUUUUUUAUGUUUUGAAAAUAUUUUUGUAGCUGUUAUUCUAAAUAAUUCGUUAAAAAUAUUUUGAUGAGCUUAUUUUGAGUUGAACUAACAACUGAAUUAGAAAUAAUUCAUAUAAAUUUAAUCAUAGUUUUGGAGAAAGUUCAUUUUAAAGUAAAGCAGUAUGUUAAUGAAUAAUAUGAGAUUUAAUUAUUUUUAGGAAGAAAUGCUAUGACAUUUGUUCAAAUUAUUCAAUUGAUCAAAGUUCUAUAAUAGAACAUAUACUUUUAUUUCAAUUCAACACCUUGAGAUCUGAAGUCGAGUAGCAUUCGCAGAGGGUUAGCUAGCUAGGUAUAUCUCAAGUCUAUGCUAGAAGUAGCCAACUCAAAUUCUUGAAAAACUAGCCUUGGAAAAAAAAGAAGCAAUCAGAAUUUGAUUUUUUAAAAAAUAGUGCUGUAGUUGGGGGGAGAGAACGCUGCUGGAUACUUUUCCCCUAAAUGUUUGGCUUUUUAUUGUAAAAAUAAUCCAAAUAUAUGCAAGUAAAUUAAUUUCAAACCACAUUUUCUUUUGGUGAGUCCCCUAAAUCCCCAAGGCGUUCCCCAAAUAUUUUUUUCCAUCUACAGCAGUGUAUAUAUAAUCAUAGAUAGAUAAAUGUGAUUAGUUAUUUAAAAAUUUUUAAACAGAAGAUAAUAGCUUUGACAUCCACUACAGGAAUAUAUUUUUGAGCUUUAAGGGAGGGUACCUGAGCUGCAGAUCACCUCCUUACGUCACAGUUCACUCCAGUCACUAUUUUUUGCUGGAGUGAUCUGAGCCUUAGUACUCCUUCUGGUCAAUUUUAAACUCUCUUCUCUACAUACUAUUUCAUUUUUUUUAUCUUUCUGAAAUUAAGAAUAAAUCUUCUUUCAAAGAAUAUAUAUAUAGAUGACAGCAACAUAGAUAUGUUUUUUUCUUAAAGGAGAUAUUCUAAGUUAAACCUAGUGAAGUUCACUCGGCACAAAUGUUUUGAAAAUGUGACUUUCUAAACAAAAUUUGACAAAAUCACUCUAUUCACAAAUAAAACUAAUAUUUGGGCAAAUUUUGUUUUAAUGCAAGUAACAUUUCAUUCUAAAAAAUAAUUUUUUGAUGCAGAACUUAUUUUAUUCUUGAGAUUCUAUCAGACUUGAUGGUGUAAUUUCUUAUAAAGUUAGCAUUCUUAGCACAUUCAAAUAUUUUAUUUAUUAUAAAAGAAAAAUUUAUCAAAAACCUUAUUGUUAGAUUACAAAUCAUAUCCAUAUCGUCUAAGAAAACAUAAAAGGAACCACACAUCAUUAAAAGAAGUGUGAAAAGAACAUACUGAGGCUUAAAUAAUCAAAAUAGCUCAGACUAUAAAGUGUCUGUGAUAUGUUAAUGUUUGAAGUAAAUUAGCCCAUCACAAUGUACAAAAUUUACUUCAAUGUCCUAAAUAUAUUACUAUUAUAGUCAUGAUAUGGUUUUCUUCAAAACAUUCUGAUGAAAAUCUUUAUGAGGAGCUCCCAAUACGUGCCAUGUUGUUGUCGUUAAAAUAUUUUUUGAAAAAUAAAUUCAUGAAACCUAAAAAUGAGUUUAAAAAAUAAUAGGCAAUAAAGUAAUAUCUUGCCAUCUAUGUUUUUAACUGAGGCUCAAUGCUAUGCAUUUCUCGUUUAUUUUUGUUCAUUGAAUUUUAAACGAACAAAUUUGUCUAUUUAAAAGUUUUCAAAAAGUUUUGAAUACCUAUGUACUUUACUAUUCUUUCUACAAAUCUUUAACUGCUUUUUUCUUGGUAAAGAUGUAAAUAUGAUGUAAAAUAUAUUCCAUUUUAAAAGACUGAUGCUGAACAAUAUAUUUUCUAUGCAAAAUUUUUUCAUGCUUUUAUAAGCUUUGAAUAUUUAAUAUUUUCUUCUGCAUAUUUAGUGUGUAAUGUAAGAUUUUGUGAUUUUAAAGUAUAUUUUUAUGCAUGGAAAUUGUUUUAUACAUUUUACCUGCUCAAUAGAAGUAUGAUUUAAUGCCAUCAAGCCUGUUUUGAAUGUGUUGUUUGUAUUUAAAAAUAGGGCGACUACAAAGGCAAGUGUUAAAUCAUUCAUUCGUUGUCAUGCUCUGUUUUACUGAAUGAUGUUAAGAAAUGCAUCACAUAUUUAGUACAACUAUAUAGAUCUGAUUUUUGUAAAUUUUUAUAUUUACUAUUGUAUAAUAUAUCAGCAAUCUUUGUAGAAAAUAAAUUUUAUUGUUUGCUUU